ACUCUCUACCCAUUUCUUAUUCUUGUUCCCCCUUGAGAAGUGAAUUCGCUGUAUGCCUUUUAGUAUAUGAACUAGGUUGUCUGUUUGUUCUGUAGUGGUUUAUUGUAUUUACGUGGCUUCGUAAAAUCAUUGUGUAGUGUUUCUGGAAUGAGUCCUGCUUUACUCCCUAAACAUGUCGCUGCGGUUGUCAAAUACCAAAAAGAUCCCCUUAAAGCACUUGCAAUGUUCAAUUCGGUGAAAAAGGAAAAUGGGUUCAAGCACACAUUAUUGACUUAUAAAUGCAUUAUUGAGAAGCUUGGAUUUCACGCGGAGUUUGAGGCCAUGGAGAGUAUGCUUUCGGAGAUGAGGAUGAAUACCGAUAAUAGUUUACUAGAAGGUGUGUAUAUUGGAGCCAUGAAGAAUUAUGGAAGGAAAGGGAAGGUUCAAGAGGCUGUUGAUGUGUUUGAAAGGAUGGAUUUUUAUGACUGUGAGCCUUCGGUUCAAUCUUAUAAUGCGAUCAUGAAUAUACUUGUUGAAUACAGUUAUUUUAGUCAAGCUCACAAAGUGUAUUUGAGGAUGAAAGAUAAAGGGAUUGUUCCAGAUGUGUAUACUUUCACCAUUAGAAUAAAGUCCUUUUGUAGAACAAGUAGGCCUCAUGCUGCACUGAGGCUUCUAGAUAAUAUGGCUUCUCAGGGAUGCGAGUUAAAUGCAAUUGCAUAUUGUACGGUGAUUGGUGGGUUCUAUGAACAGAAUUGUCAAGUUGAGGCAUAUGAAUUGUUUUUACGGAUGCUCAGGCAUGGUAUUUAUCCUGACAUCACCGCAUUUAACAAGCUUGUUCAUAUUCUUUGCAAGAAGGGGGAUGUCCAAGAAAGUGAGAUGCUUCUCAACAAGGUACUCAAAAGGGGAGUUGUGCCAAAUUUGUUUACACUCAAUAUAUUCAUUCAGGGGCUCUGCAAGAAAGGUGCGCUUCAUGAGGCUGCCAGAUCAUUGGAUGGUGUGACGAGUGAAGGUCUGACUCCUGAUGUUGUCACGUAUAACACUUUGAUCUGCGGGUUGUGUAAAUACCGUAGGGUUGUGGAAGCUGAGUUUUACCUGCAUAAAAUGGUGAAUGGUGGGUUGCAGCCUGAUGGAUUUACCUACAAUACUAUUAUCGAUGGAUAUUGCAAACUGGGUAUGAUACGAAAUGCAGAUGAGGUUCUUAGUGAUGCAAUUUAAGGGUUUGUGCCUGAUGAAUUUACUUAUUGCUCACUAAUCAAUGGAUUUUUCCAUGAUGGUGAUAUAGACCGUGCCAAUGCUGUAUUUAAUGAGGCAUUGGAUAAAGGAUUGAAACCUAGUAUUGUUCUCUACAAUACCUUAGUCAAAGGGUUGUCUCAGCAUGGACUAAUUUUGCAAGCCUUGCAACUGAUGAAUGAGAUGUCAGAAAAUGGUUGCAAACCCAAUAUAUGGACUUACAACUUAGUUAUCAAUGGGUUGUGCAAGAUGGGGUGUGUCUUAGAUGCCUUGAAUCUUAUGAAUGAUGCUAUUGCUAAAGGCUACGUUCCUGACAUAUUUACCUUUAAUACUUUGAUUGAUGGUUGCAGCAAACAGAUGAAGUUGGAUGAUGCACUUGAGAUAGUAAAUAGAAUGUGGAGUGAGGGUGUUACUCCUGAUGUGAUCACAUAUAAUACUGUGUUGAACGGACUUUGCAAAGCUGCAAAGUCUAGAGAUGUGAUGGAUACUUUCCAUGCAAUGAUAGAGAAAGGGUGUGUCCCUAACAUAAUUACAUAUAACAUAGUUGUAGAGAGCCUGUGCAAAGCUCGAAAAGUAAGUGAAGCUUUCACCUUACUUGAGGAAAUAAAGAACAAAGGUUUUACUCCAGAUAUUGUUAGUUUUGCAACGUUGCUUAAUGGGUUUUGUUCUACUGGUGAUUUGGAUGGAGCUUACGAGUUAUUUCAAAUGAUGGAACAAAAAUAUAAAGUUUCCCAUACAACAGCAACAUACAAUAUACUGAUCAAUGCUUUUGCUGAAAAGCUCAAAGUUAAUACAGCAGAAAAGCUUUUCUAUGAGAUGGGUGACCAUGGCUGUGCCCCAGAUUGUUAUACUUAUCGUGUUCUUAUUGAUGGCUUCUGCAAAACGGGGAACAUUGAUUCUGGGUACAAUUUUCUCUUGGAAAAGGUCGAGAAGCGAUUUAUUCCAUCACUGAAGACAUUAGGACGGGUACUGAAUUGUCUUGCUGUGGAGCACAGAGUUUGUGAGGCAGUUGGUAUCAUCCACCUUAUGGUGCAGAAAGGCAUUGUACCUGAGGUUGUAAAUACAAUUUUUCAGGCUGAUAAAAGGGAGGUGGGCCCAAAGAUUGUUGUAGAAGAUUUGUUGAAGAAAAGUCAUAUAACUUAUUAUGCAUACGAAGUUCUAUAUGAUGGCAUCAGGGAUAAAAAAGUACUUAAGAAGCUUCAAACUAAACCUUCUCCUGACUUGAGAAUGAGUUCUUUAAAUGUUGAUGGACCAAUAUACUGAUUUCAAAAGCUGCGAGAGAGGGCUCUCCAGUGGCAUCUGGAAGAGUACUGCAGCACACUCGAUGCAGGAAAAAGGAUAUUGCUGUUGAAACUCGGCUAGUCGGAAAUUCAAUCGUGAAUUGACUAUCAAGUUGACUCUGCGGUGAAAGGGCUCUAUUCAUGACCAGGAUGAUGAUUUCAUCCAUGACGUAGGAAGAUGUUUUCUUUUUCUGCAAGAAAUUGGAGGGAGGUGUCUUUAUACAAAUAACCUUCCAUGGCGUUGGACCUCAAUAUCCAAGAUAUCAAAGCAGAGACACUAGAGAAAGAGAGAGAU